GAAAGCUUUUCUUCUCACAGCAGCAGCGGGGAUUUUCUGACUACACACGCCGGAUACUCAUCACAUUCAGAGACGCACUCACUGCCGAAAGCGGCCGCAGAAGGACUCUUUCCCGGGUCGUGAAUCGCUCCCCAUCCCACCGCUCAGAUUCGGGCCGUCGCUGCUUUUUUUCCGUUUUAAUUUUUUAUUUUUGUACGUUUUUCCCUCCUGACAGUUUCUCCGUGGCGCACUCAGGUUUCUUUUGCUGACAUGGUAGAUUAUCACGCUGCCAAUAACCAGUCCUCGGCCGGCGGGGUGCAGACCUACAUGGAGCAGGAGAAUGACUGGGACCGGGACCUGCUGCUGGACCCGGCCUGGGAGAAUCAGCAGAGGAAGACGUUCACGGCGUGGUGUAACUCCCACCUGCGGAAGGCCGGCACGCAGAUCGAAAACAUCGAGGGGGACUUCAGGGAUGGGCUCAAACUGAUGCUGCUGCUGGAGGUCAUCUCAGGCGAACGGUUACCCAAGCCUGAACGAGGCAAGAUGAGGGUCCACAAGAUCAACAACGUGAACAAAGCCCUGGACUUCAUUGCCAGCAAGGGAGUCAAACUGGUCUCUAUCGGAGCAGAGGAAAUCGUGGAUGGAAAUAUCAAGAUGACCCUGGGAAUGAUCUGGACCAUCAUCCUCCGCUUCGCCAUCCAGGACAUCUCUGUGGAAGAGACCUCUGCGAAGGAGGGUCUUCUUCUGUGGUGCCAGAGGAAGACCGCUCCCUACAAGAAUGUCAACGUGCAGAACUUCCACAUUAGCUGGAAGGACGGUCUUGCCUUCAACGCUCUGAUCCACAGACACAGACCUGAUCUCAUCGAUUACGACCGCCUCAGAAAGGAUGACCCAGUGACCAAUCUGAACAACGCCUUUGAGGUGGCUGAGAAGCACCUGGACAUCCCCAAGAUGUUGGACGCAGAAGACAUCGUGGGUACGCUGAGGCCGGAUGAGAAGGCCAUAAUGACCUAUGUAUCCUGCUUCUAUCACGCCUUCUCUGGCGCACAGAAGGCCGAGACAGCCGCAAAUCGCAUCUGCAAAGUGCUGGCUGUCAACCAGGAGAACGAGCAGAUGAUGGAGGACUACGAGAAGCUGGCCAGUGAGCUGCUGGAGUGGAUCAAUCGCACCAUCCCCUGGCUGGAGGACCGAACCCAAGAGAAGACUGUAAACAAAAUGCAGACGAAACAGGAGGACUUCAGAGACUACCGCUGUGUCCACAAACCACCCAAGGUCCAAGAGAAAUGUCAGCUGGAGAUCAGCUUCAACACUCUGCAGACUAAACUGAGACUCAGCAACAGACCUGCCUUCAUGCCAUCAGAGGGACGCAUGGUGUCUGAUAUCAACGGAGCGUGGCACAAUCUGGAGGGAGCAGAGAAAGGCUACGAGGAGUGGAUCCUCAGCGAGAUCAGACGUCUGGAGAGGCUGGAGCACCUGGCAGAGAAGUUCCACCAGAAGGCUGCCAUCCAUGAGUCCUGGACCGAUGGUAAGGAGGCCAUGCUGACUCAGAAAGACUACGAGACUUCCACCCUGUCAGAAGUCAAGGCGCUGCUACGGAAACACGAGGCCUUUGAGAGCGACCUGGCAGCCCAUCAGGACAGAGUGGAGCAGAUCGCCGCCAUCGCACAGGAACUCAACGAGCUGGAAUACUACGACUCUGCCAGCGUCAACACCCGCUGUCAGAAGAUCUGUGAUCAGUGGGACGUCCUGGGAUCCCUCACCCAGAGACGCAAAGAGUCUCUGGAGAGGACGGAGAAGCAGCUGGAGUCGAUAGAUGAGCUGUACCUGGAGUACGCCAAGAGAGCAGCACCCUUCAACAACUGGAUGGAGGGAGCUAUGGAGGACCUGCAGGACAUGUUCAUCGUCCACAAUAUUGAGGAGAUCCAGGGUCUGAUCACAGCUCACGAGCAGUUCAAGUCCACUCUGACAGAGGCCAACAAGGAGCGGGAGGCCAUCCAGGCCAUCCAGGCCGAAGUGCAGAAGAUCGCCCAGAGCAACGGCAUCAAGCUGAGUGGAGCAAACCCCUACACCACCAUCACGCCCGAGAGCAUUGACAGCAAAUGGGAAAAGGCGAUGGACAUGGUGCCGAAACGUGACAAGGCCCUGCAGGACGAGCUUAACAAGCAGAACUCCAACGACAACCUGAGAGCCAAGUUCGCCACUCAGGCCAACGUGGUCGGCGCCUACAUACAGGCCAAGAUGGAGGAAAUUGGCAGGAUAUCCAUUGAAAUGAACGGCACUCUGGAGGAUCAGCUGACCAGCCUGAAGGAGUACCAGGAGAACAUCAUGUCUUACAUGCCUGAAAUUAACACACUGGAGGGAUUCCACCAGCUCAUCCAGGAGGCCCUCAUCUUUGAUAACCAGUACACUUCCUACACAAUGGAGCACCUCCGCGUGGGUUGGGAGCAGCUGCUGACCACCAUCGCCAGAACCAUCAACGAGGUGGAGAACCAGAUCCUGACUCGUGACGCUAAGGGCAUCAGCCAGGAGCAGCUGUACGAGUACCGCGCCUCCUUCAACCACUUUGACAAGGACCACAGCGGGGCCCUGAUGGCCGAGGAGUUCAAGGCCUGUUUGAUCAGUCUGGGCUACGAUGUGGAGAACGACAAGCAGGGCGACAGCGAGUUCGCUCGCAUCAUGGGCAUAGUAGACCCCAACGGCAGCGGCGCCGUCACCUUCCAGGCCUUCAUUGACUUCAUGUCCAGGGAAACGACCGACACGGACACAGCAGACCAGGUCAUCGCCUCCUUCAAGAUCCUGGCCGCUGAUAAGAACUUCAUCACGGCCGAGGAGCUAAGGAGGGAGCUUCCCCCAGACCAGGCGGAGUACUGCAUCGCCCGCAUGGCGCCCUACACAGGGCCCGACGGCGUCCCCGGAGCCCUCGACUACAUGUCCUUCUCCACCGCCCUGUACGGAGAGAGCGACCUGUAGAGGAGGCGAGAGGAAGAGGAGGGCUGGACAGACAAGGGAGGGAGAGGAGGAAGAGGGGGAGGGAGGAGAUGCCAGGAAUCGAGUGUUUGGAAGAAUUUGAGUGGUGGUUGUGAGGUGUCCCUGCGUGUGCCGGUUUAGAAAUCAUCAGAAAUCUUUGAGACUGAGCUUGUUGAUUGAACUGUAGUUAGCUCUGGCCUCUGCCGAACGUUUCCCAGCUCCGUUACGUCGUCAACCGAUGGAGAGUAAUCGAGGUGUCGCACAGGUUUAUAUGAACAGGCAUAUCCAGGGGCAGCUGUGGCACAGAGGGACAGUUGCUCUGUAGUGUGGGUCCUUAACUUCACCCUCUCUGCCUUUUUGGGGUCAAACAGGGGUGGGACGGGGGGUAGGACUCGGGGGACACAAGCUAAUCUGAUACUUAUGCUAAUUUUUGUUUAUUAUAAUUUUUUUCUUCUUGCCACGGGGUUGGGGCGCGGGGGGAGGGGGGGUGUGACGUGGCGACUGGCGAGGUUUGUGUAUUAGAUCCUAGAGAGAUAUAUGCUGCGGGGUCAGGAGGGUGGGAGGGGGGUGUUGACCAACCAGAGAUGAAACGACAUAUUUACCCAUAAUUCCCAUGUUGCUGGAUAAGGUGACCCGUCUAACCUCAGAUCUUUUCCUUCUCCCGUCUUUAUUUCUUUUUUUCGUUUAUUUCGUGGAGCAGGUGGGUGGGUGGUGGGGUCAGGUGGGGUCAGGUGGGGUCAGGUGGGGCCAGCGGGUGGGAGGGCGGGACUGCAGCGCUGUACAUACUUAUUUUUUCAGUGCGAGGAACGACACACACAGUCCCAGAUGUUGAGAAUAAUUGAUCACAGGCUUUCCAGUAGAGUGACGUUUCUGAGAGAAAUGAAACGCCAGCGAUGGUGACACAGAGCGGUUUCACCAGUCGAUAGGUUUGAGCUUCCGGACGUCUUUUCAGGCUGUUUCCUUUCAACAUUGGAAAAUUUUCAUGGAAUAAGUUGGCAGCCAUGAAGCUGAGGCGGCUGUUCUCCUGUAUAAAUCCCAUAACAGCCAGGCGACACCAUAAUUAUCCACAAAUAUUUGCUUCUGUGAAACUAUUCUCCUCCUGGGUGGGCAUCAGGUGCUUAUUUAAAUAUAAAAACUAUACAUUUAUAUGAUAGGGAAGACUGUAGUAGUCAGAGUUAGUCCAGUUUUAUAUACCAGGAACACUUAACGCACGCCACAUGUCAUGGAUGCAUUUCACUGGCUGAAUGAAGGUCCUCGAACUUCCUGGAUUUUUAGGGUUGCCAUGGUAAUGCGCAGUGGACAGAUCCCCAUGUGAUGUUUGGAGAAAUAGUGGAAGUGAUAAAAUAAAAUGUGCCUGUUGGUCCCUCUCUCUCUCUUAAUCUCUCCCUACCUCUCCGCCCCCCCCCCCACCCCCACCUCCUCCUCUGCAGAAAAGGGAAAGAAAAUUCAGCGCAAGGAAGGAGGGAGGGGGAAAGAUCGGGGAGGGGUCUUUAUGUAAACAUUCCAUUAUGUGCAAAUAAAAAAUAUAUUAAAAAAAAGGAAAUUGUCAUGUAAACAACUAUGCAAUCAUAAUGUGUUCAAUAUCUGAGUUGUGGGGGAACGUGGGCAUGAAUCAGGCCCUUUCUGAGGAGGCUCCCUGUCUAAAUUCAACAGAGGAUCACAGGUUUCUCCAGGGUUUGUCGGCUGUUAGAGGGAGAGGAGGGGGAGACGGGGGAGGGACAGACAGGGAAGGAGCUGAGGAAACAAAGACGGACCAAAAGCUUGUUUCUUUUUUUUUUCUCUUUCUCUUUUUCCCCCCCUGCGAGGUUGGAGAGAAAUGAACUCUGGAAUUGUGAUUUUCCUUUUUUUGUACUCUUUAAUAUCAAACCUUAUCUGCUGUACUGGAAACUGCAACGCAUUCUGUCUCUAAUGAUAAGUGAGUUUCACAAAGCACACAUAAAAGUUUCCUUACAAAAUA